GAUUUCAGUUGCGUCUACGCAAGCUUAUGGUCAAGUAGUACGCACACAGGCGCGAAGCUGUGCCAUCGAAGCCUACCCGCGAUCUCCGGAAAAUGACCGAAAUGUUCCGAAACGCGGGUUCGUUUCCGGAAUUCCCGGAAGCAAUUUCGGGAUGUUCUGUGUAAAAAAAAACAUUCGACUAUUAAGUGUAAGUGAAAGUAAUUGUAUGGGAGUGGACUUGGAUUAAAUUGUACGAGUGGAUGAGUGUGGAUGAUAAUUGUCUGUAACAUUAAUCAAUGAGUUUUGUGCAAACAUAGUGACUUGUGAUUUUUGACUUUGUGUUGCAAGCUUACCGCACAUAAUUUGGACUAAAAGGUACACUCUUCGGGGAGGUGGAUACAGUCCUUAUUUCAACAGACUUCGGGAUGAGUUAGGAAAAGAAACAUGUCAUCUAAACGGAAGUCACCGCCGUCAAAAUUGCAAGAAGGCGCCGCUGAUUCCGAAAAGCCUGAACCGGGCCCUGCCACCCUGGACUUCUCAGACCAUCCCGAGUCCGACCCUGAACAGCAAAACUUCUACAAGUUCUCCCCCAGUUGUUCAACAAGAAGCUCCAUUAGCGAAGAAGGUUCAAACUACGACGACGAAAGACCUACAAAAAAGCAAAGAUUUGAUACAGACAUGACAAAUAAUCUUCUAGCACCAGGCCCUUUCCUAGGUCUUCAUCAAGUGAAUGACCUUCAAGGUAGGAGACGCGGCUCCUCAGAAUGCAGUAGUCCAGGUGCUGAGGCGAAAGUCUUGGGGCUUUGUAAUAAUAACAAUUCAUUGCUGAAUCAUAACAGCGCGCUGUCGUUAGCUCAGCCGCAUAAGCGGUCGAUGGACGAUGUUCUGAAGAGAUUAACGUCGAAAAUGAAUAAUAGUACUAUUAAAGAAGAAAAGAGGCCGACGCCGUCAACCACGCCGGUGAAGCAAAACAAUGAGCGACGAGGCGUGCUAGACGCAGCAGCAUUACAAGCAUUGGCGGGAGAAAGCGUGCUGGAGAAAGAGAGGCAGCUGUCGGAAAUGAUCCUACAGCUUCAGAUGGUCAGGGAACAGCUGUUGUCGCAACAGGAGCAGGCUAAGAGUCUCGGCAAUGUGACGGCGGAGUUGGAGCUCCAGAGAUUACAACAGGAGCACCUUCGACGACAGGAGAUGGUGCGGCGGGGCCAGCACGGGCUGUACCCCGGGCCGCCACUCGCCUUGUUGCCCCUAUUGGAACAAAUGAGACCCCAACCACAACAAGCACCACAAAAUGUAGUCCCAAGCCAAUGGCCUGCGACGGCCCAGCUCGCCCAGCUGACGGCCAGCGCCAGGUCCCCCCCUCCGCCGGACCCGGACGCCCCCCUCAACCUGAGCAAGCAGCGCUCGCCCUCCCCCCAGCCCCUCAUGCUGCCUCGGUUCGUGCCCUACCCCCCUAUGGACGAGAGCCCCCAGUACAGCAUGCCAAAAGAUGAGGAUUACAAUAACGCCUGUAAUACGUCAUCAUGGGGCCAAUCAGCCCAAGAAGAAUCAGACAAAGCCAAGCUGGUGCGUCAGCCGAAGAGGGACGAAGCUGGGAAACCCCACAUCAAACGACCCAUGAAUGCUUUUAUGGUCUGGGCUAAGGACGAGCGCAGGAAGAUCCUAAAGGCCUGCCCUGAUAUGCACAACUCCAAUAUAUCCAAAAUACUCGGCGCUAGGUGGAAGUCCAUGUCGAAUGCUGAAAAGCAACCAUAUUAUGAGGAGCAGUCGAGGCUGUCGAAGUUACACAUGGAGAAGCACCCUGAUUAUAGGUACAGGCCAAGACCGAAAAGGACUUGUAUAGUUGACGGCAAGAAGAUGAGAAUAUCAGAAUACAAGAACCUCAUGCGAUCUCGCCGACAAGAAAUGAGGCAGCUCUGGUGCAGAGACGGCGGGAGCGAGAUGGGAUUCCUCCCAUCUCUUUCAUCCCCUGGACCGUCUAACUCGUCCCCCCCGCCUAAUGGGGGGAACUACAUGAACCAAGCGUUUUCGCCUCCACUGUCCCCCAGAGAGGACGAUUGAGGGUCGGCGCGCGGCUGGCCGUACCCGCACGCCGCGCCCCUCCAACGUUUACCCCCCUCCCACCAUCCUUGGUAAGACUCAAUACCCUAAAACCCAAAAAACAAACGUUUAAAAUUUGAAUCAAACGUACUAAUUAAAAACGAAUACUGAAAAAAAUAUUCUUUAUGGAAUUUAAAGCUAUGGGUUCGUCAUACUAAUAAAGGGUAGUUGCAUAAUUUAAACUAGGACAAAAACAAAGGAGGCAGACAGAGACUAUCAUGACAAAAUAAAUAGUAGGUUAUGUACUUAUAAGGUAAUGUCGUAAUCUCGAAUAUGUCUUGAUUGUAGACUUACUAAAGAAUUAGCUGUUGUUUCGGAUCUUAAUAUUUCUUAUAUCUAAGAAUAUAGACUAUUCUCUAUGGACGCCCGUGUCUAUUGGAUCUCUCGUUCGUAAAAAUAAUAUUAUGAGAUUAUUCCAUUAGUUCGUUAAGGAAAUUAAGAAGGACACGGUAUCACACGAGUACUUAAGCUGUCGCAUUGUUUUUCAUACGGCUGUUGUAUGAUUUUUCAAAAUAUAAUUGGCAUAGUAUUGGAAAUAAGUAUUUUAGAUCUACGUAAAGAUCUUUUAGAGAUUCGUACCUAAAUCGAUUAAGAUUUUUUUUUCAUAGUUCAACUUUGUUUUUCAUACAAAAUUAUUGUAAAAGUUAGGACAUUUAAAAACUUAGGUAGGUACUUAAUGCAUUAAUGGCUAGAUGUCACAUAUUAAACAUGCAAGUACAUACAAUGAAGUCAUGUAUUCAGCAUAAAUACAGCUAGAAAUAACGUUGUAAAUAAACAAAUUUUAAUCCCAUAUUUAAUUCUUUGAUCUAUAGUUUAGGUUAUGUAAGGAAUCUAUGUAAAUAAGUAAGACCCCAUGUAGAUAAUAACUGAUAAACGGAAUAGGUCUACACUAGUUGUAAGUUGAUAUGACUAUUGAGUGGCCAUGUAAAAUAAUAUAUGAAUUAAAUAGAUAAUAUUAGAUGCUAGGCCUCUAAACGAUUAAAAUGUCAAACCAAAAAUUGAAGCGAAAGGCUUGAAAAUUUUACUCGUGUGUUUAAAACACAACUGUGAGAUGUGGAUAUCUUUGUAAUGCAUAUAAAUACUCAUAGAUUAGAUUUUGAUCCAUAGUUGUGUGUAAUAGUUAUGGUAUCGGAUAUUUUGUAUUAAAAAUGCCAUCAUAAUAAAGUAGGUACAAUUUUAUUGUUUAUUUUAUACCCAAGUCUGUUCUCCAUUCUAACUUUGUGAAUCUCAGCGCGGCCCCAUUGCUCGGUCGUGUUCCGUUUGGUGGACACAACUCAUUGUAGCUACGUACCGUACAAUACUGAUUCGUCGACGGAGCGCAGUGCAACGUAACGCAACGGAGCAAUGGUGCCCGAUCUUUAGUUGGGAGUGUUCGAAUUUAAUAAAGUUUAUGAUUGGUUAAAAAUAUUUGGCCCAGUUAUAUUGACAAUUCUAUUAGUCAAUUGCGAACAUGUCAAUUAUUUUAUACUUUCUUUUUUGUUGUUAACUCCCGUACGUGUUAUUAAAGUAAUUAAAAUAUAUAUUCCACCGACUUGUGGGAUUACAAUAAAAACAUUUAUACAAAAUAUUCGCUUCAUCAAAUCGUGCAAUUUAUAUAAGUAGAUAGUAGAAAUUAAGCGGUAGUUACAAGUAUAAUAUCUACGUUAUAUAGAGGAUCACUGUAUAGUUAUCUUGUAAAAUUAAAAAUUACUCGUUGAUAGCCAUUUUUUUAUUUUUGUUAUUUAUUUUUCUAAUUAUAAAAGUCUUGUUUUGUUUUCACUUCGUCUUUUAAUGCCAGUAUCAACUUGUAGGUGACUGUAAUACAUGUGUACGUGAAACUUAAUGUUUGUCUAUUAAGUAGUGUGUAUUAUUCUUAAUAAAUGUGUAAGGGUUUAGACAGUGACGUUAAAUUAUUUAUUUUUAUGUUGAAUUCCUGUAAAUAUGCGAUAUUUUGAUGUAAAAGUUAGUUGUGGUUAUUUAACGAUACUUAAUCUGUGUUUUGAAAUAUGUCUAGAUCUCCGUCAUUAUUAUAAUUUAUAUCUAAUAAGGCCAUCGCUCGAUCGCAAUGAAGUGAAUCGACUUGCCAUAUCUAAUGCUAUUUUGAAAGUACCUUUAAAAUUGCUGGUAUAUGUACUUAGUGAUUCAGACAUUGUUAUUUUUUUACUUUUGACUUUUGCUCUUGUAAACCCAGUGGUUGAUUUGAACUCGCUCAUACUUCAGUGCAGUUAGCAUUCGGAAAUUCAAAUGUAAGUAGAUAGAAUUUAGGUUUUAUUACCUAGUGUAAACCAGGACACAUUAUUUAAAAAUUGUGCCAAAACCCAAAAGUAUAAUAAAAAAUAAACAUUAAAAAUAUA